AUGACUUUCGGUGCCGAUGUGGCAGCGCCAGCCGUUGGUGAGUCAACAGCUGAUGACACAGUGGUGCAAUACGUUGAUAGCUCCACGGAAGAUGACAAAGGUCAAUCUUCUGCGCUUGCCAUUGCAAAGGCAGUUCCCAAGGUGAAAGCAAAGAGUCUACCAAGAGCAUCUACGCCUUCGAGUCCGACAUCCACAGGUUCGAGGACGGGCAAGGCUCCCGAACGACGAGCCGAAGCGUCUGGUUUUCAGGCACCUCGGACUACGUCCAGGGCCAAGGACAAAGGAGUCAAGACCUUGGAAAAGAAGUCAAGACCAUCAUCUUCGAGAAGCUCUUCAGCACGAUCGAGGACUUCGGCUACUCGUGGGCGUGACAAGUCCAUGACUUGGAAUCGGAUGGUUACCAAUCAACCACGCGAUGCUGACGAUCUGGACAUGACUCUGGAUACGAUUCCUGCACGUGGUGAUGCGUCAUCCGUGGCCACGCCUGCAAUAGAUGACGGUCCGAAUGCCUACCAGGAACUGACGAUUUCGCAACAGUUCGAAGCAUCGAACCUUGCACAGCAGAUGUACUAUCGCAGUCAGGUGCAAGAAUACGAAGGAAUCGUCCAGACCCUGAUGGACAAGAUCAAGGAGAUGCAACAAGAAGAUGAAGGAUCUGGAAUUCGCACUGAAGAAUUGGAACGACAACGUGAUCAUGCAUGCUUAGCCAUGAGGCACAUCAACAAU